AUGCAUACGACCACAACGAUUGACCCAACCGCGGCGUCCGCUUGGGAUGUAGAAGCUCUAGAGGGCGGAGAUGAAUCAGGCAGGGACACAGAUGCUCCGAGCAAUGCAAGCAUCAGCAGUGGGCGUGGUGGAAGGGAGGUGCACUCUGUGUGUCCCAUAUGCCUUGGCAAGUUCGAAGAGCCGGUGACCCUCACGUCCUGCCUCCAUACCUUCUGCCAUACAUGGCUGGGCCGCGGCCGGACGCCGACGGAGGUUCAGAACAUUCGUGCACGGGGACGAAUCGAAAGGGGGUUACCGGUGGGGAAGGCAUGGCACCGGAGACGGUCCCGGGCAUGGGGAUGA